AUGCCUGUCCAGCAAAUUCAUGUGAAAAACUCGUCUGAUAUUGAAAGUUGGGAAUGGGGUGGUGGAUGUGGUCGCGAGGUGAUGCGGACAGGAUCUGGAAGUAGUAGAACAUCAUGUAGCAAUUCAAGUGGAGAUAUUUGCCGCAUUUGUCAUUGCGAAAGUGAACCACAUAACCCUCUACUGGCACCAUGUUAUUGUUCAGGAAGUUUAAAAUACGUUCAUCAAAGCUGUUUGCAGCAGUGGUUAACAGCAUCUGAAACCAGAUCAUGUGAACUUUGUAAAUUUAAUUUUAUAAUGCAUACCAAAAUAAAGCCUUUCAAUGAGUGGAGAUUGCUGGAGAUGUCAGGUGUGGAGCGUCGAAGACUAUGCUGUGCAGUACUGUUCCACUGUGUCGCGGCUUUAUGCGUUAUGUGGUCACUGUUUGUACUUAUCGAACGUGCUGUGGAGGAGGUGAAUCGUGGUAUGAUUGCAUGGCCGUUUUGGACGAAACUGGUUGUAGUGGCUGUGGGUUUUACGGGCGGUGCAGUUUUCAUGUACAUACAAUGUCGCCAGUAUCUACAUCUCUGUAAUCGUUGGCGCGCUCACAAUAGGAUAUUGUUAAUACAAAAUGCGCCUGAGAAGAUUCCAAUCGGUGGAGGUUCGCCUCCAGUUCGCGUUAAAAGGCGAGAAAGGAGUGCGCGUGGUCAAGUGAUUGCAAAUAUUGAGCCUCCACCGCCGCCAGCGGUGUAUCACGAAGAGGACGAAAGCGGUGGGUUCGAGACAUACCGCGGUAAUCCACACCGUAGAUUGUCUUCACUUGCCGAAGAUCGCCUCCGUGUCGAUUCGCAUGACGACACUCGAAGAUUUUCUGAUACGCGUCUGGUGCAUCCUGUCAACGUUGCGGUCGAAGAAGCCUCUCAACUCGGACCAGAGGGCGGCGUGUACCACAUCAGCGUGGACCCGCUGGAGGCCGACAUCCGCGAGCUGCUGGCCAUGGAGGCGCGGCGCGUGGCGCGCGGCGCGCGCUCGCUGCCCAACCUGCGCGCGUCGCGCGAGUCGCUCCUGCCGCCCGGCGCGCCGCCCGCGCCCGCCCCCGCCCCCGCGCCCGCCCCCGCCCCGCCCGCCUCCUGA